AUGCUCCGUCAAGUAAAACCUCGCAAUGCGCGUUCAAAGCGUGCGCUCGAGAAGCGCGAGCCCAAGGCCAACGAAAACCCCAAGACAUGCCUUUUUCUCCGCGGAACAUCGUGCUCUCAGAUCGUCCAGGACGCCCUCAACGACCUUCACCAGAUGCGCCAGCCAUUGGCUAAAAAAUUCACCAAGAAGAAUGCCAUCCACCCCUUUGACGAUGCUGCUUCGCUCGAGUUCUUCUCCGAGAAGAACGAUGCCAGUCUGCUCGUCUUUGGCAGCAGCCAGAAGAAGCGUCCCCACACUCUAACGCUUGUUCGUACGUUUGGAUACAAGCUUCUAGAUAUGCUUGAGCUCUACCUCGACCCCGAGAGCUUCCGAACCAUUGCCCAGUUCAAGACUAAGAAGUUUGCUAUCGGUCUGCGACCCAUGGUUCUGUUUGCCGGCACCGCCUUCGAAAGCCCUGUCAGCAACGAAUUUACUCUUGCCAAGAGCAUGUUUCUGGACUUUUUCCGAGGCGAGCCUGCCGACAAGAUAGACGUCGAGGGUCUUCAGUACAUUAUUUCCAUCAGCGCUGAGGAUAGCACUGGUGACGGCGAUGCCAAGCCUGCGAUCCACCUCCGAGUUUACACCAUCAACACUAAGCGAUCUGGCCAGCGCCUUCCACGUGUCGAAGUUGAGGAGAUUGGCCCUCGCAUGGACUUCCGUAUUGGUCGUGUCCGAGAACCCGAUGAGUCGAUGCUCAAGGAGGCCAUGAAGACACCUCGCGGCCUCGAGGAGCGCACCAAGAAGAAUAUCACGACUGACUCCAUGGGUGACAAGAUUGGUCGCGUGCACUUGGGCAAGCAGGAUCUUAGCGAGUUGCAGCUCCGCAAGAUGAAGGGUCUGAAGCGAAGCCGAAAGGACGCCGAGGGUGUGGCGGACGUUAUCGAAGAGAAGGGGGAGGAGACCAAGAGGAUAAAGCAGUAG